AUGUUUCAUUAUUGUUUAAGGCUUAUCUUAAUAGGAGAUGAUUGUAAUAGCAAUAUCAUAAUAUGAAGUUGUUGGAAAAUCUUGCAUUAUAUCAUAAUUUUUAGAUUAGAAAAUGUGCGGAUUUCAUACAUUAGGAAUAGACUUUAAUGUGAAAAUGUUGGAAAUAGAUGAUAAAAUGAUCAAAUUAUAAAUUCUUGAUACUAAUGGUCUGAAAUCAUUCCAAUAAAUUACCCGACCAUAUUAUAGAAGUGCUGCUGGUGCAAUUUUAGUUUAUGAUAUCACAGAUAGAGAAUCUUUUUAAAAUGUUCAAUACUGGAUCAAAGAGUGUUAAGAAUAUGGCAGAUAGGAUAUAACGAUAUUGUUAGUUGGUAAUAAAGUAGAUUUAGAAAAAUAGUAUAUUAUUUAUAGUAUAAAAGGCGACAAGUUUCUUUAUCAGAUGGAUAGUAAUUUGCAAAUGAAAAUAAUCUAUUAUUCAUUGAAACAAGUGCAAAGAAUAAUUUAAACAUUAUUGAAGUAAUUUUAACUUAUUUUUUAGACAUUCUAAGUAGCAGCAAGACAAGCUUUGAGAGUUGUAGAGAAAAGUUAACAAAAGCAUGAGCUACCAGGAGUUAGGAUUGGAUAGCCUUUUAAGUAAACUUAAAUAUAAAAUAGUUCUAAAUCUGGUGGAUGUUUCUGA